UCCCGUUUAYAAUCURAUUAAACUUGAAGCCGAUUGUAAGCGAGGAGUGCCACACAGUGUAUCAAAGAUAGUAAUGUUGCCGAAAAUAAACGUGUUCAUUCAAAUCUAUUGYURAAAAUCAAUAUAAAAUUGGAUGGCAUUAAUCGGGUACUAAGUGACCGUAAUCAAGGCCAGGACAAGCCCGUAGUAUUGCGUACGGUUGGCACCAAUCGGUCGCCRAUAAUGAUUAUCGGUGCCGACGUAUCGCAUCCGGCACCCGCUGACCAAYUGGAAGCAUCGGUAGCCGCYUGUAUCGGUUCGGUAGACCAYACCUACUGUCGUUUCGCGACUGCGGUCAGGGCWCAGCCCAAGACAUUGAGGGCACAGGCAGUGGAAAUGAUUGACGCAUUUGAUCAGAUGAUCGCGGAUUUGUUGGCCAAAUAUCGGCUGAUGAAUAGGUCGCCGCCCGAACAUAUAAUCUACUACAGGGACGGUAUUAGUGAAUCCCAGUUUCAAACUGUCCGCGACUAUGAAUCCCAGAAAUUGAUGGACGCUUGCCGUAAAUCGGGUAUGCCCAAACGGCCAAAGUUGACAUUCAUAACCGUACAGAAACGACAUCAUACACGUAUGCGACCCAUGAAUCCCGAAGCUGAUGGUAYRGGGCGUAUGCGUAACGUACCGCCSGGUACUACWGUYGAYACACAUAUCGUACAUCCGACUGAUUUUGAUUUCUAUCAGUGCAGUCAUGAAGGCAUUCAGGGAACAAGUCGUCCGACACACUAYUAUGUCCUAUCAGAUGACUCUGGAUUCAMRKCMGAUGAACUACAGAAGCUGACCUACUAUUUGUGCCAUAUCUAUGCCCGAUGCGACAAACCRAUUAGCAUACCGGCACCGGUACGCUACGCCGAUAGGGCAGCAUUUAGGGCCCGCAAUCAUAUUAUAGCCCAUAAUCCGACACCCGAUCGGCCGCCGCCCGGUCUAAGCGAUGACGAAAAGUUGGAGCGMUGGAGACAACUGUCCGYUAAGUAUAACCGACAGAUCAAAGUGUUAAAGUCGGACAGUAUGUACUUUGUUUAGGUAGACUCUCCCCUCCCAUCCCCUACCCCUACCUAAGCAAGUGAGUAGUGGAAAGGGAGGCCCGUAUCACGACUUUCCCAUUAUUUUUUUUGGUUAAAUAUCUGUUUUCGAAACAAUAGUAUAGAUAUAUAGUAUAUUUGAUAUUUG